CUAAAAUGGAGAGAAGAAAAUGCUUGAGAUUAGGCAGUUGAAUGGAAGGCGUUAUUAUUAGAGUUUUUGGGGAUGUAUUCUGUGGAUUUUGUUGUAAGUCCACCUUUAGUUCAACCUUAAACAGUUUAACAACAAAUAAAAAACAGCUCCUUUCAGUCUCGAAGCAAUAAGCGGGAAGAUAAACCGCGUCAAAGGAGAGGAAAAGGAUUACAGCAGCGGAUUAGGACGGGCUGCCUGGAUGCAACAUUAGCAGCUUCUCCGCCUCAAUUCACCCUACAGACUCAUCUAGGCUUCGUAGAUGAAACGGCAGGAAGAAUGUCUUCAGUUCAGUCCCAGACAGAUUUAAUCGACGCGCAGUUGCGUCCAACUGCAAACAGUUUCACGGACACUCAAGGAAUCUUUAUCAAGGCCGAAGAAAACAUUGAUGAUCAGAGCAGAAUGCUCGAUUCCUCCUGGAGCCCCAAGAUGAUCUCACAGCAAUAUGGCACCCCACAGAUUUCUGUCGUGAAGGAAGAGGUCUUUAAUCAAGAAGGUUCCUCUAACUUGGACCAAGAGGAAGUAGAACCGCUCAGGAUAAAAGAAGAGGAGAAGGAGCUGGAGAUAAAAGAAGAGCAAGAGGAGCUAUCAUACCAGAAAAUAAAAGUAGAGCAUGAUGAACUAGCAUAUCAGGAGAUCAAAAUAGAGCAGGAUGAGAUAGAAUAUCAGGAGAUAAAAGAGGAGCAGGAUGAGUUGGAGUAUCAGGAGAUAAAGGUGGAGCAAGAUGAGGUAGAGUAUCAGGAGAUAAAAGCAGAGGACAACAGUCAAGAUAAAGAUGAAGUUGUGGUAAAGUUGGAGAGUGAUGUCUUCACAAUCACACCUAUUGGUGAUCAAAAAUACCACUCUGAAUUAAACAGACAGCUCAUCUGUCAGUACCCUGCACAGGCUGAGGUCCAAGAGCAAGUAGGAAACUAUCAUGAAGAUUCGCCAUCAAAAAGAAAUGUACAGCGAAAACAGAAAUCUAGGCAGCAUAAGGACAAUGCUAAGAAUACAAAAGAAAAUGGGAUCCAAAAAGUGUAUUCUUGUAGAAUUUGUAAUAGAAAUUUUCCCAAAAACUGCCUAUUGACUAAACACAUGAAAAAUCACACAGACGAGAGGCCUUAUUUAUGUAACAUUUGUGGAAAAAGUUACGGUCGAAAAGAGCAUUUAACUGUACAUAUUAGAACCCACACGGGUGAGAAGCCUUUCUCGUGUAAGAUUUGUGGAAAAGCUUUCAGUCAGAAAUGCAUAUUGACUGAUCACAUGAGCAUUCACACUGGUGAGAGGCCUUUUUUGUGCAAGGUUUGUGGGAAAAGUUUCCGUCUAAAAGCCGAUGUACGCCGUCACAUGCUAACCCACACGGGUGAAAAGCCAUACACUUGUGAGUUUUGUUCAAAAACCUUUUGUCGUAAAGGUCGUUUAAAACUUCACAUGAGCAGUCACACAGGGGACAACCCCUUCUUGUGCAAUAUUUGUGGGGAUCGUUUCUGUGACAAAAGUAAAUUAACGGAUCAUAUGAAAAUUCACAUUGGAGAGAGGCCUUUUACUUGUAAGAUUUGUGGGAAAAGCCUUAGUCGAAAAGGUUGUUUAACCCUACACAUGAAAAUCCACACAGGUGAGAAGCCUUUCUCCUGUGAGAUUUGUGAAAAAACGUUCUGUAAAAAAGAUUUUCUUAUUGUUCACAUGAGAACUCACACAGGUGAGAGGCCUUUUUCAUGCAUGGUUUGCAACAAGUCCUACAUUCAAAAAAGUCACUUGACCGCCCACAUGAGAACUCACACAGGUGAAAAGCCUUUCUCCUGCUCAUUGUGUGGAAAAAGUUUCCAUUACAAACUCAGCUUGACUGAACAUUUAAAUAUUCACACAGGUGAGAGACCAUUCUCAUGCAAGUUAUGUGGAAAAUGUUUCCGUGAAAAAUGUCAUUUAACUGUUCACAUGAGAACUCACACAGGGGAGAAGGCUUUCUCUUGCAUGGUUUGUGAAAAACGUUUCCGUGAAAGAUAUCAUUUAACCGUUCACAUGAAGAUUCACACCGGUGAGAAGCCUUUCUCAUGCAUGGUUUGUGACAAGCGUUUCCGUAAAAAAGGGCAUGUCACAGUUCACAUGAGAAUCCACACCGGGGAGAAGCCGUAUGCGUGCAAGAUCUGUGAGAAACGUUUCUGUAAAAAAUGUAAUCUAAAUCUUCAUAUGAAAACUCAUACGGGUGAGAAUUCUGUCUCAUGCUAGUUAUCGGGAAAAACAUUGCAUGGAGAUUUUAAACUUAAACACCAUGAUUGACACAGAUGAGAGGCCCUUUUCAUUAAGGAUUUAUAGAGAAGAGAGCCAAUUGAAUCAACCGCAGUGAAGUUUCACCAGUUUGCUAAAAAGUAAGGCAACUGUAAAUAAGAGGAUUUGCUCAGGCUAGAUCCCUUAGUGAUGUAUGAUCUGUGGAAAAUGUUUAGUUAAUUUAGUCCAACAGCCUCUCUUGAGUAGAAAUGUUACAGCAUAUUUCACAAAAAAAAAGUUUUCUUGUGUAUAUGUAAUGUAAAUAUUUCUUAAAUAAAAAAUUAACUCAUAAAUGAACCUUUAAACUUCAAAUAAGUUUUCAAGUGUAAGAUGAAAACUUUUGUGUGGUAAUCAUUUCCAGAAAAGAUCUAAGUUUUGUUAAAUUGCCUAAGAAAAGUUUUUUUUUCUUGAUUCUGCUCUUUCCUGUUAAAGCUUAUUUGUGCACAUUUCUAGUCUUUGAUGAAUGAACCCCAACUAACUGGAGACAU